AAGCCAAUAAUGAAUCAAGUACAUGAGUUGCAAGUACUGAUUCAGGAAAUGCUUGCUGAAGGGAUGAUAAUGAAUGAAGUACAAGUGGCUUGCAUGAUUGAGAAACUACCUUCGAGUUGGAGUGACUUCAGGAAUUAUCUGAAGCACAAGAGAAAGGAGAUGGAUAUGGAGGCUCUUAUUAGCAAGCUUCGCAUAGAAGAUGACAACAGAAAGUCUGAUAAGAGAACUUCGAAGGCCGUGUCGAAGGCUAAUAUGGGUCACAGAGCUACUGAAUGUAGGCUGCCAAAAAGAAAGAGGAACCAGGCACAAGUGAUGGAGGACAUCACUAAAGAGGUUGACGAUAUUGACCUAAGUGCUGUGAUAUCUGAGGUGAACUUGGUGGGAUCUAAUCCUAGAGAGUGGUGGAUAGAUACUGGUGCGACCCUCCACGUGUGUUCGGAUAGGAGUAUGUUCACUUCCUUCAAACCAAAGAAGAAUGGGGAGAAGCUGUUUAUGGGUAACUCCGCUACCUCAGAAAUCCAAGGUAAGGGCAAAGUAAUCCUGAAGAUGACCUCGAGGAAAGAGCUGACUCUGAAUAAUGUAUUGUAUGUUCCAGACAUUCUCAAGAAUUUGGUAUCUGGAUCGCUGCUGAGCAAACAUGGUUUUCGCUUAGUGUAGUCAGACAAUGUUAUUUUGUCUAAAUUUGGGAUGUUUGUGGGAAAGGGCUAUGUAGUUAAUGGUUUAUUUAAACUAAAUGUAAUGACUGUAAAGCCUAAAGAAAUGAAUAAAGCUAGUAGUUCUUCUGUUUACUUGCUUGAGUCUUUCAUUUUAUGGCAUGGUAGACUAGGACAUGUUAAUUUUAAUUCUCUGCGGAGAUUAAUUAACUUAAAUCAUAUUCCCACAUUUGAAAUUGAUUCAAAUCAUAAGUGUGAAACUUGUGUGGAAGCAAAAUUAAUGAGGUCAUCAUAUCAAACAAUUGAUAGAAAUAAUGAACCUUUGGAUUUAAUACAUAAUGAUAUAUGUGAUUUAAAAUUCGCACCGACUAGAGGUGGUAAUAAGUAUUUUAUCACCUUUAUUGAUGAUAGCACGAAAUACUGCUAUGUAUAUUUGCUUAAAAGUAAGGAUGAGGCUAUAGAGAAAUUUAUUCUCUAUAAAACGGAAGUUGAGAAUCAACUCAACAGGAAAGUUAAAGUGAUCAGAAGUGAUCGUGGUGGAGAGUAUGUAACUCCUUUUGGAGAGUAUUGUGCUCAACAUGGCAUAAUACAUGAAGUUAGUCCACCAUAUUCGCCACAAUCAAAUGGUGUGGCUAAACGAAAAAAUAGAACCUUGAAAGAAAUGAUGAAUGCAAUGUUGAUAAGUUCUGGAGUACCUCAGAACUUGUGGGGGGAAGCCAUUUUGUCGGCAAAUGACCUUUUAAAUAAGGAGCCUUGGAAAGAUAAGGUAAAGACACCCUAUGAAGUAUGGAAGGGAAGACAACCCUCCUACAAAUAUUUACGAGUGUGGGGGUGUCUAGCUAAAAUAGUUGUACCUACACCUAAGAAGGUGAAGAUAGGUCCCAAAACUGUUGAUUGCAUCUUCAUAGGAUAUGCACAGAAUAGUAGUGCAUAUCGGUUUCUUGUGUAUAGGUCAGAAAUUUCUGAUAUACACAAGAACACAAUAAUGGAAUCGAGAAAUGUUGAGCUUAGACGUAGCAACAGAGUAAGAACGGAAAAUUCCUACGGUCCGGAUUUUCUUACUUAUAUGCUAAAAAGUGAACCUCAAAGCUUCCAAAAGGCCAUAAAUUCUCCUGAAGGGAAUUUCUGGAAAGAAGCGGUUAAAAGUGAAAUUGAUUUCAUCCUGCAGAAUCACACUUGGGAGUUGGUAGAUCUUCCUCCAGGUUGUAAACCUUUGGGUUACAAAUGGAUUUUUAAAAGGAAGAUGAAAGCAGAUGGAACAAUAGAUAAAUACAAGGCAAGGCUUGUAAUUAAAGGAUACAAGCAAAAAGAAGCCUUUCUGAAUGGAGAUCUAGAGGAAGAGAUCUACAUGGAGUAACCUGAGGGUUUUACUGCUCCAGGACAAGAAAGGAAAGUCUGUAGAUUGGUAAAGUCUUUAUAUGGACUUAAACAAGCUCCAAAGCAAUGGCAUCAAAAAUUUGAUAAUGCCAUGCUAAAAGAUGGGUUCAAAAUAAAUGAAUGUGACAAGUGUAUCUAUGUAAAAGAUACAGAGAAUGGAUAUGUUAUUCUAUGUUUGUAUGUAGAUAACAUACUCAUAGUAGCUAGUGACGACAAUAUGGUCCGAACUACAAAAGCCAUGUUAAAUUCUAAAUUUGACAUGAAAGAUAUGGGGCUUGCAGAUGUGAUUUUAGGUAUGAAAAUCACGAGAACUUCGAAUGGAAUCAUUCUUAGUCAAACUUAUUAUGUAGAUAAAAUACUGGCUAAGUUUAGUAAUGAUGAUACUAGUAUAGCCAGAACACCCAUAGAUAUGAGUUUACACUUAUCCAAAAAUAAAGGAGAAGGUGUAUCUCAAGUAGAAUAUGCUAGGGUGAUUGGAAGUCUGAUGUACUUGAUGAGUUGUACCAGACUAGACUUAGCCUACGCAAUAAGUAGACUAAGUAGAUACACGAGUAAUCCAAAUGAAGAUCAUUGGAAAGGGAUUGUUAGAGUACUAAGAUAUCUACGAUAUACUCGUGAAUACGGACUGCACUAUACAAGAUAUCCUGCUAUAUUAGAAGGAUACAGUGAUGCAAAUUGGAUAUCAGAUAUAAAGGAUUCAAAAUCCACUAGUGGCUAUGUAUUCACAUUAGUAGGUGCAGCUGUGACAUGGAAGUCCUCGAAACAAACUGUGAUAACUCGAUCCACUAUGGAAUCCGAGUUUAUUGCUCUAGAUAAAUGUGGUGAAGAGGCAGAAUGGCUACGCCAAUUUUUAGAGGACAUUCUGAGGUGGCCUAAACCUGUGCCGGCAAUAAGUUUACAUUGUGAUGGUCAAUCUGCGAUUGGCAGGGCACAGAAUAUUAUGUAUAAUGGAAAGUCUAGACACAUUCGUCGUAGACACAAUUCCAUUAGACAAUUAAUCUCAACUGGAGUUAUCUCAAUAGACUAUGUAAAGUCAAAAGAUAACAUUAUGAAUCCGCUAACCAAAAGGGUUGAUCAUCAUGUAGACAGUGAAAGCAGUUUCUGUCGGGUCAGCAAGCAGAUGUUGUUGAGGAUGAAGACUAAGGCCGGAGACACGGCGUUGCAUGAGUCAAUACUAAUGGGGCUUAAGCUUAACAAAUACACGGAUCAGUGGUCGAAACAUUGUGAAUUGGCAGAGAUUUUGUGUAAAGAAGAUCACAGUGAGGUCAUGUAUGAUCCUAAUGCAGCAGGCGAGACUCCUCUGUAUCUAGCUGUCAAGGCAGGAUUUUUUUCUGUGGUAAAAAAUGGGUUGCAAAACAUAGAUGCACAGACAACAUCUACUUAUUAUGGUGGCUACGAUGGCAAAACUAUUCUGCAUGAGGCAGUAAUAUCCGAUUUUUUUGAAAUCGAUGCUAUUCUGAAAAGAGGGAAAGAGUUAUGCAGAGUAGCAGAUGAUGAAAAAGGUUGGGUUCCAUUACAUUAUGCUGCAAACCUGGGAAAAGAAGUUGCAAUUAAGAGGUUGUUAGAAUGCGAUCCAUUUGCAGCAGGCAUCAAAGACAAAAAUGGUCAGAUACCACUUCAAGCGUUCAAUGAUCGUAAAAAGCCAGAUGAGGAAAAGUUGUUGGACAAAGAAUCAACUCUAGUGGUGGCUGCACUCAUUGCUACUGUGACAUUCGCAGCUGGUUUUACUUUACUAGGUGAUUAUUUGAGCGGCGGUGAUAACCUGCCAAGCAACGCAGGCUCACAACCGGGCGCUGCUGGAAGUGCAGUUCUAAGCGAAAAUGCAGCAUUUAAGGCAUUCCUUAUAUCGGAUGCAAUAGCCAUGGCGCUUUCUAGUUGUGCUGUAUUCAUCCAUAUGUUCUUGGCACUCAAAAAAGAUCGGACAAAGGACUCGUCAUAUUUCUUGCUCGCAUUCAAGCUCAUCAUAGUGGCCAUGGUCAUGGUGAUUGCGUUUAUGACAGGCAUUUAUGCGGUCUUAGGAUCUUCGAAUGCAUUCGCCAUUGCUUCUUGCGUCUUCAUCAGCUUGUCUUUCUUGCUUUGCAUUCUCAAUCUCACUUUCGGAUAUUUCACUGACUAUGUUUAUUCUUUUCUUGGCACAUGCGUUUACUACAUUUUACUGCCCAUCUUCGUGAUCUUCUUGCUCCUCAUCAUCGUACCCAUCGAAUAUUUUCAUCAUAACAUAUACAGGAGAAGACGAGGAAUUUUAGCUAAGGAUUCACAACCAGAAAAUUCCACUGAGAGCAUAGAACAAGAAAGUGAUCUACCUCCAAAAUCCAAUGAUUCAAGAAACCUGGAAACAUUACCCGAGUGCAAAAUUAUCAAAAAGGGCCAACAACUUAGAGGCUGA